AUGAAAGUCCUCUACUUGCUGGGUAUCACUGUGGCGGCGUCCUCCUCGCUGGAGGAUGAAGUAGCCAUGCUGCGCGCCGAGGUGAAAGCACAACAACAGAUGGCGCAGGAGCAGCAAGCCUUGAUCAAGGAACUGCUGGAGGAGGUCCAGCCCAGGCAGCUGCAGACCUAUGCCACCUCCGCAGAGCUGGCUACACAGGUGGCAGCCCUGCAGGCCACUGACUACAGCCUGGGUGGCGCGUUGGACUCAGCCUGGAUGUGCCUCUGCGGGGCCCUGGUGAUGUUCAUGCAUGCCGGCUUCGGUAUGUUGGAGACUGGCUCCUGCCGUGCCAAGAACGCUUCGAACGUCUUGAUGAAGAACUUGGUGAACGUUUGCGUGGGCACCCUGGGAUGGUGGCUCUUUGGCUGGGCCUUUGCCUAUGGCUCAGCGGGUGUGUCUUCAGGGGGGAAUGGCUUCAUCGGAUGGCAUGGUUUCGCUGGAUUCGACUUCUACACACAGGACACGACCACCGGCAUCAUCACACCUGCCACUUGCACCAGUGACGGAUGCCAAAGCACUAUGUUGAGCUGGUUCUUCCAGUGGGCCUUCUGCACAGCUGCUGCCACCAUCGUGAGUGGCGCUGUGGCGGAACGUGUGAAGAGCCCCACCUACGCCAUCUUCGCCUUCCUGAUGGCCAGCUUCAUCUACCCAGUUGUCGUGGCCUGGACCUGGGGUGGCGGCUGGCUGGCGACCAUCCUGGAUGUCGGCUACAUGGAUUUUGCUGGUAGCGGCGUUGUACACUUGACCGGUGGCGUGGCAGGUUUGGCGGGCACCAUCGUGUUGGGUCCUCGCAAAGGGCGUUUCACCAACCCCGAGGAGUUUGAGACCCACAAUCUUCCGCUCGUGGUGCUCGGCACCUUCGCGCUGUGGUUCGGCUGGUAUGGCUUCAACCCUGGCAGCACCCUGGCUAUGCACGACUACGCGACCGGUGCCAUGGCGGCUCAGGUGGCGAUGAACACCACACUGUCAGCAGCCACUGGCGGCAUCACCGUCUUCAUCUUGGCUUAUGUCAUCACCAAGAAAUACGACGUGGGUGGCCUGUGCAAUGGCAUCCUGGCAGGUUUGGUUUCCAUCACUGCGGGCUGUGGCAACAUGGAGUGCGGUAGCGCUGUUGCCACCGGCUUCGUAGGCGGCCUGGUGUACCAAGGAUCCUCCUUGCUCCUUCAGAAAAUGAAAAUCGAUGACCCGGUGGAUGCUGCGCCGGUACACGGCUUCUGUGGCAUUUGGGGGGUCUUAGCCUGCGGACUUUUCGACUGGGGCAAGGGCUUUGAUCAUUACCACGGCUGGAGUGGCUUUGGUUGCAUGAUGAACACCGCUGGCACUGCCUGCCAGACAGGCUAUGGCGGCUCCGCCAUCGGGGCCCAAUUUAUCCUGUGCAUCAUGGUGAUUCUGUGGUCGGGCUGCCUGUCUGCCAUCAUCUUCUUGCUGCUGAAACUCACAGGUACCCUUCGCAUUAGCGAAGAGGUGGAGGCUGUGGGCAUGGACGAGCAUCACCACUCGCCCCCAAAGGCCUACUCCCUCCCUGGCGUGAACGCCGCGUCGCCGCAGAAGGGAGUGAUGCAGGUGGUGCCCGGUGCACCGCCAGCCGAUGGACCCAAGGAUGCCUGGGCAUCUGGGGGCCAAAAUCAGGUCUUGGCCGUGGCAUCAGAAGUGGAGCUUCUGAGAGAACUUCAGAAGUUUCUCAAGGUGAGAUCCCUGGAGAUGCGCGUAGCGGCGAUUUCGUUGCUGUUUCUUACAGUCAGGGCGCCCAUGGGAUGGCUUCCCUCGGGAACCGAGCUGAAGCGAGCUGACGAAGACACGGGCUUUCCUGGGCACCCAAAAAUCUGGGCCAUAGGGACCGAGCUCGGUGACCUCACCCAUGAGGUGGUUGAGCUCCAGAAGGAGCUGGCUGCCCAAAAGGUGAUCUUGGAGGAUCAGGAGCACCGUUUCGAGCAGCUGGAAGCGAGCUCUUCCAGACGACUGCAGACUGCUUACCUCACGACUGCAACGUUCAACACGAAAGUGAGCACCAUCGAGUCGUCCUUGAAAGGGCUCUUUGGGGCAUUGGACUCGGCAUGGUUGUGCCUGUGUGGAGCACUGGUCAUGUUUAUGCAUGCGGGCUUUGCCAUGUUGGAGACGGGAUGCUGCCGGGCCAAGAAUGCUUCCAACGUGUUGAUGAAGAACUUGGUGAACGUGUGUGCAGGGACCUUGGGUUGGUGGAGCUUUGGUUGGGCUUUCGCCUAUGGCUCUGCCUCAACCAACGGUUUCAUCGGAUGGCAUGGAUUCUUUGGCUUCGACAUGUACACCUACGAUAGCCGCACUGGAAACAUUACACCAGUUGAUUGCCAGUAUGACAAUGCAGGCGGCUGCCAAAGCCAAAUGCUGAGCUGGUUUUUUCAGUGGGCCUUCUGCACUGCCGCUGCCACCAUUGUGAGCGGCGCUGUUGCCGAGCGAGUAAAGAGUCCUACCUACGCAGUGUUCGCCUUCUUCAUGACUAGCUUCAUCUACCCAGUGGUUGUCGCAUGGACCUGGGGCGGUGGUUGGAUUAGCACACUCUUUGAUGUCGGUGUCAUGGAUUUUGCUGGCAGUGGCAUCGUCCACCUGACCGGUGGCGUCGCGGGGCUGAUGGGAACCAUCAUCCUGAAGCCACGUAAGGGGCGCUUCGAGAACCCCGAAGAGUUCGAAGCCCACAACCUGCCCUUUGUGGUGCUGGGCACCUUUGCGCUGUGGUUCGGCUGGUAUGGCUUCAACCCCGGCAGCACCCUGGGCAUGCACGACUCUGCGACCGGUGCCUUGGCGGCUCAGGUCGCGAUGAACACCACCAUAUCGGCCGCCACUGGUGGCAUCACCGUCUUCGUGCUGCGGUACUUCGUCACCAAGAAAUACGACGUGGGUGGCCUGUGCAAUGGCAUCCUGGCAGGCCUGGUUUCCAUCACGGCGGGCUGCGCCAAUAUGGAGUGUGGCAGCGCCUUUGCUGCGGGCCUGAUCGGUGCUUUCGUCUACCAGGGUUCCUCCAUGCUCUUGGUGAAGCUGAAGAUCGAUGAUCCCGUCGAUGCUAGUCCUGUGCAUGGCUUCUGCGGCGCCUGGGGCGUGCUGGCCGCGGCCUUUUUCGACUGGGGCAAGGGCGUGGACUACUUCAACGGCAGUGGUUGGAGCUGUAAGACCCCCGAGGGCAGUACCGCCUGCAUCGAGGGCAUUGGGGGCACCAUGAUCGGAUCCAACAUGAUUCUCAUCCUCAUGGUCUGCCUGUGGUCCGGGGUGCUGAGCGGCUCCGCCUUCUGCAUCCUGAAAUGCACCGGUUUGCUGCGUAUCAGCGAGGAGGUCGAGGACACGGGCAUGGACUCCCACCAUCAUUCGCCGCCCAAGGCCUACGCCUUCCCCAACGUGGUGGCGCCCGAAGUCAACGCGCCCCCCAAACCUGCGCCGGUGGAGCCCGAGCGCGACGUCGAAGGCUAUGCUCACAACGAGGUCUAAGAUUGGUCCAACAUUUGACCCCAAGAAAUGAACGCAGCGUAUCAAACCGGGUCCGCGGCAGGUCCAACCCGGCAAAGUUCUGGGAAGAUCGGACCGCAGAUUUCGCAGUGUUCCGGGUGGCCACAAGGGACGAGUGGAUCUCGGAAAGAUAAUUGGAAGAAUCAUUC